AUGGCUUCCAACGGCGCCAACGGAGCAUCUCCGUCACCUCAGGUCCAGCCCUGCAGGUACAAGGUUGGCAAGACGCUUGGUGCCGGUUCCUACUCCGUCGUCAAGGAGUGCGUUCACAUUGACACCGGUCGCUACUAUGCCGCAAAAGUCAUCAACAAGCGAUUGAUGGCCGGCCGAGAGCACAUGGUCCGCAAUGAAAUCGCAGUCCUGAAGAAGGUCUCCAUGGGCCACCAGAACAUCCUUACACUUGUCGACUACUUUGAGACGAUGAACAACCUCUACCUCGUGACCGACCUGGCUCUCGGCGGCGAGCUCUUCGACCGCAUCUGCCGCAAAGGCUCAUACUACGAAUCCGAUGCCGCAGAUCUUAUUCGGGCGACGCUCUCCGCCGUUGCUUAUCUGCACGACCAUGGCAUCGUCCACCGCGAUCUGAAGCCCGAGAACCUCCUGUUCCGUACACCAGAAGACAAUGCAGAUCUCCUGAUUGCCGAUUUCGGACUGAGCCGCAUUAUGGAUGAGGAGCAGUUCCACGUGCUGACCACGACAUGCGGUACCCCUGGCUACAUGGCCCCCGAGAUCUUCAAGAAGAUUGGUCACGGCAAGCCUGUAGAUGUAUGGGCGCUCGGUGUCAUCACCUACUUCCUUCUGUGCGGUUACACGCCAUUCGACCGCGAUAGCGAUUUUGAGGAGAUGCAAGCUAUCUUGAACGCCGACUACAGCUUCACCCCCUUCGACUACUGGCGGGGUGUUUCCGAUCACGCCAAGGAUUUCAUUCGUCGCUGCCUCACUAUUGACCCGAACAAGCGCAUGACGGCGCACGAAGCCCUGCAACACCCCUUCGUUGCCGGCUACCUCAACAACGGCGAGGGCGAAGGCCAGAACUUGCUGCCCACUGUCAAGAAGAACUUCAAUGCUCGUAGGACGCUGCAUGCUGCAAUUGAUACAGUUCGUGCCAUCAACAAGCUUCGCGAGGGCCAGAGCAAUCUGAUGGACGGGGCCAAGUCGAAAGAGCCCGGACGUGGUGCUGCCGCACUCAAGACCCAGCAAAACGCAAGGAAGGACGAUAGCGCCAUCAGCCUCGGCAACGGGGCCCACAAGGACUCAGGCUAUGGAACGCAACCCGAAGCCGAUAGCAGCCAGAAUGAUGUGGUCAUGUCCGAUGCAGGCCCGGCACCCAGCAGUGUCCCAGCAAGUUUGCGGCCAGGCAGUGAGCAGAACAAGGUCGUGGAGACGAGCAAAGGACUGUGGAGUGGUCCAGCAUUGCGGCGAUAG